AUGAUUGACCUCCCCCCUGACCCUUACCAAGCCCUUGGCGUACCCAAGGAUGCAACAAUUCCCGAGAUCAGGUCGGCACACCGAAAGCUGGUUCUGAGGUGCCACCCAGACAAGGUCCAAGACCCCCAGCUCAAGGCUCAGAAGCAAGUUGAGUUUGAAAUGGUCCAAAGGGCGUACGAGCUGCUCUCCGAUGAUCGUGAGCGGCAAAAGUACGAUGACCGCGCCCUGCUGGCCAAUCUUAGAGCGCAGUUCACAAAGCGAGCCGAGGCCCCUGCUCCUGGCCUAGGGAGCCAAAGGGCUCCAACGAGACCUCGCGGGUAUGACCACUCGCGCUCGCGGGACGAUAUUGACGGGUCGCGGCACGGGCCUACUCGCUCCGAGGUCGAAAGCUUCGCAGAGCAAUACGUCUCUCGGUCGAGGCCAAAGGCCGCAAAAGGACCGCCGACGCUCAAACGGUCUGCGGCUUAUACGGCGUACCGUUCGUCAACUCCGCCCACGACCGGCUCGGUCAGCGAGGGCCAGCCCGGUGCUCGCAGCCACGCUCGCGCGCACUCCGCCGAUGAGAGCUCCGGUGGACAGUCGUCGAGCGGAUUUGAUAGGUUCUUCAAGAGAGGCUCCUCGGGUCGUCAAAGCCCCGGCAUACCGUCGCCGGCCUCGCCCUCUUUCCAUCAACCGCAGGUUUCGUCUUCUCCGGCUCCGGGCGAGGCGGCCGGAAGCCGCUGGAACCGGUUCCGCCGGUCGUCGGCCCCCUCCCGGCCUCGUCGCACUGCAUCGCGGGCAGGGUCGCAGGGCUCUCGCGCCUCUGGGCGGAGCGUCGGCUCUCAGGUUUCGCAGGAGGACAUGGACAAGUUUGACUACGUCCUCCAGGCCAUGGAAGACCUGCUCGACAAGCACAUCAAGAAGCUGCGGGGUCGGUUUCUGCGGAACCUGGGCAGGUCGGCAAGAUCGCACAAGGAUCAGUGCAGGGAGGCCCUGGUCACGCUCCAGACGAAAGUCCUGGAGCAGUAUGAACACAAUGGGGCCCGGCGCGGGGACGUCGCCGAGUCUGUAGAUGACCAUGCCCGAUAUCGGCUGCUCGUUGACCUCUUUGACGACCUGCGGCUGGAGCUGGCCGAUUUUGGCCUGCACGAUCUGUCGAGGCAGGGCGCGGGCUCGUACUGCACCGGGUUCUGCAGCAGGAUCGACUCUUUUGCGGCUCGCCUGACUCUGUACGGGGUCAAGGCGACCGAGACCGAGUAG